CUAAAAUAACAAUAAUAUUCUGGAACAGCAUUCAGUACGUCAUAACAAACGAAAACUUGAAUAUAUUUGGAUAAAAUUUUGCACAAUUGGUAAAAAUGUCGCAGAAAUCGACGUGUGGGUUAUCUGUCUCUGAAACUGUGGAAAAUCUAAAUGAUUUCGCGAAACUGUGUUUACAAGAGAAUGUUGAUUAUGAAUCUUUCAAUCUGACUUUGUGUCUUCAACCUGCCAAAGAAUUGCCCCUGCAUAUUAUUAAAACAAGUAGUUUCCAAGAGACAGCAUAUGGAUUUUAUCAAGAUUUGGAAACUGUGUUUCAGUGUUUUUUGAAAAGCUUGAACAAACAACUCAUAGAGGGAACAUUGAAAGUUGAGUUGCUUAAGAAUUGUGUAAACGUGGUUGAUGUAUUCUAUCUCUUUCUCAAAACUUUGGUUGGUUUACAAGAAGGAGUAUCUCCACUGGGGCUUCCCCAUUAUAAUUGUAUUCCCAUUGUUACAUUGGAUUUGUUGAAGGCAUCUUAUCAACAUUGCAAGAACAGUGAGUCAGCAUAUGGUAAUAACUUCUCAAUAGCAACGGAGUUGUUGCAAUCCUUGUACCAAAAAACUUUUAUGGUGCAAAAACUUUUCUCAAUAUUUUUGAACAAGUUAUUUCUGGAUCAAAAUGUUGAAUCCAAACCUGAGGAACUGGAGGUUUAUCAAAACGUUUGUAUCAAGUUAUUGAAUCUUACAUCUGUGGUGGAUGAAAUGGAUUGCAACCUUGUUGCUGUUACAUGGAAAAUAUUACUGAGUUUUGCAACGAAAUUUCAACCCUGCCUAAAAAGUUUGGAUCAAGUUGAAUUAAUUGUUGAUAAGUUGGUUUGUGGGUUGAAACAUCAUAUCAAGAAUGCAGCUGGUGUUGCACUACAAGCAAUAAAUGAAAACACAACAAAGGAAUUCACUGUGUCUUGUAGAAUGGCUUGUUUUUUCAUUGAAGGUUUGACCAAAUUAAUUCAACUUUAUGAUCCCAACCAAACAAUGGUUGCUCGUCUCACUGAGCUUGUCUACUGUGUAUUUGAAGAUACUUUGCCUAUUUUAUCAACAAAAGAAGGAGAAGUUGAGAAGUUAAAUCCAAAACUUCAGAACCUGGUUUCAUUUCACUUUAUGGGGGAAAUGGAAAAAUUUCUUACUUUUUUUGUGGAUUGUGAUUUAUUUCGGAACCAAGUGCUUUGCCAGGCCUCUACCACCGAACCCCUUCCAAAGUUGUUAUUGUUGCUGAACUUGGUUCGACCAAUCAACUGCUCUCAACAUGUAUUGUCAUGGUUUGAAUCAACCAAUGAGAAACUUUCAAUUAUUCAAACUUUCUUUGACAUCAUCCCACAAGUAUACACGGAACUUUGCAUCUUAUCCAUCCAUGUCAAUAAAGACACUCUUCCUCUUUAUGAGGUUGUUGCUUCUCGUGUCUCAGCUUGUGUCCUUGCAUCUCCAUCUUUCCACCAGGUGGAGAUAGAGUUGUUGAAUAACUUGCUUUGUCCUCACCCUUAUAAAAGUAUGCUUGCGGCAGAUGUGUGGUGCUUUCUAGCAAGGUUAAUUCCACCCGAUGAAAGUUUCCAACAAUUCAAAGCCCUUGUUCUAUUGUUAAAAAAUCUUCCCCAUUAUUGCGCAACAAAGGCACCAUUGUUUGUCCUAGUUGGUCGACUGUUCUCUUUCCUCCUUCCUCACCACCAGGAGGCGAUCGUGAGCACUUACUCGAUGAAAUCAAACUUUGCAUUGUGGGAAAGUUUGAGUUCAUCCGGCCACCAGUUUUCCGCUCCAAUAAUGAUUGACAGCUGUCAAACUUGUGUGACAUUGAUUGAUGGGUGGGUUGGUAAUGGAGGUUGUUUAGGAGAUUCAUGCGAUGUUGUGUCUUGUUUAAAUAUCACGCAUAACUUGUUGCAAUCCUCGAAUAUAACAGAUGAACUACAUAAGAAUCUUUCACUUAAACAAUCUCUAUCUUUAUUGAAUGAAACUUUACAAAGUUUGUGGUUGGUUCUGCCGACCUAUAUACAAGUUGGUGAAGCCAUGACUGAGCUGCUGAAACACCUUCUACGAGUCUCAACUUCGUUUAUUAAGUGGAUGUUCAACUUCAACCUUUCUCUUGUAACUUGUAAAGUUCUAACAUAUCUUCAAAACCACCCCAAUGCUGUGUUAACAUGUGAAGUUGCAAAGUUUCUUGUUACUUUGGAAAGCCUGGGAUCAAAAAUGGUGGGCAAUGAAACGAAGAUAAAACUUUGGAAACAAGUUAUUUGUGACGCAACAAAGAAUUGGUUGUCUCAACACAAAGUUUUCAAUGAAAUGGAAUUAUUUUCCCGUCUGACAAGAAAUCCUUCCAAUAUUAAUCUCAUCUGUGCAGGAAGCAACAACCUGGAACUCCUGAAAUCACAUCUACAGAGGAUCCCAGUUGAAUCAAACACUUCAAUUCCAUGUAUUUAUGACAAACACCGCUUAAAAUUAUUGGAAACAAUAAUAUCAAACACUUCGGAAAAUCGAGACCAAUUCACAAAAUGUUUGCAACAAGUUUUUAUUUCACUUCAAAUUUUAAAAGACUGUAAACCAAAUAUGUCGAAACAAAACAAGGAAACUUUACAAAAUUCGUUAGAAAUUUUAAACAAAAUAUUUACCACCACUAACAGUGAUUAAAUACUUUAAAAUAAAGAAUCCUCAUCUAA